AUGGCAGGCGAACCGCCCCAUGGAGGCGAUCACGGUAGCGACAAUCCAGACCUCAUGGCGUCCUCCAGCACGAUACACAGCGAAGCGCCAGCGCCCCUGUACUACCCGGCCUACGUCCCGCCACCUUCGGCUUUGCCGUCUCAGAUGCUCAAUGGCGCUUCCAAUCUGAUUCCCAAGUUUGGCCUGCUUCCACUGUAUUUGAAGGCGGUCAAGCCAUACAGACGCACAGGGCCCGAUGAUGAUCCAAGCAAGUAUCAAAAGCUGCCAUUUACUUAUGAGCAGUACGUCGAGGAUCUGCCAGGUGCGUGACGAUUAGCAACACAGCGUGGGUUGAUGUGCUCAUGUGUUGCCAUUCGAUUUCGUAUCAGGUCGCGUGAGACCAACAAAGUAUCAGGCCAAGCAGCCUCCCGCCCCGCCCACCAUGAGGGACAUUGUUUUCAGGCCGGAAACGACGCUCCAGCGAAUUGUCCCCUUCGACGAAGAAACUCUGAGGACGAGUUUUGCGGUAGAUGCUGGUCCUGCCGAGAAGGUGAGUGCUUCUGGCGAGCCGUUGGCGCUACUUUGGGAGCAUGCCAACCGAGUGCCCGCGCACGUCUGCUGGCCUGGCCUGCAGAUCAAUGUGCGUCUCCUAGAAGCCGACGAGCCGGGCGCAAGAAAGCCAAAGAAGCGAAAGGUGAGGCAAAGUGACCCGGCGCGAUACACGCAUCGUCGAAUCACUGAAUCAGCUCCGUUGCUUCACGCAAUCCGAAAGCACAAGCCAGGAGGCGAUCAAGACAGUCCUCGCAGAGAAGCCAGGCAUUCCAUUCGACAACCGCGUUAA